AUGGCUCCCAAGCGCCCAGUCACUUCAUCCUCCUCUGAGCAGCCUCCAAAGAAAAAGCAGCACAAGAUCCUGACCCUUGAGAAGAAGCUAGAGAUCAUCAAACGCCAUGAGGAAGGCCAGGGUGUCAGUGACAUCGGGCGCGCCAUGGGUCUUGCACCUUCCACGGUGGGGACAGUGACAAAGAAAAAGGCCAUUUACAAGAAGAUGGUGACAACUGCUGCAGAAUUUCCUUCAGCCUGCAGGAUCACCAGAGGAGAGGCCGCCAGUGCUGAUAAAGAGGCUGCUGAAGCCUUCCCUGCCCAGUUCUUGAAGGUGAUUGAGGAUGGUGACUUCUCCCCAAAGCAAGUGUUCAACAUUGAUGAAACUGGCCUCUACUGGAAGAAGAUGCCGGCAAGCACCUACAUAUUCACCAAGGAGAGGACGGCACCUGGAUUUAAGGCGGCAAAGGACCGCCUUACGUUGGCGCUUGGUGGAAAUGCUGAGGGUGAUGUCAAGCUGAAGCCUCUUCUAGUUUAUAGCCAUGAGAACCCUCGGGCACUGAAAAACACUUCUAAGCCAUCACUACCUGUUUACUGGAAGUCCUCCAAGAAGGCAUGGGUUACAACCAGCAUUUUUCACGACUAUAUCUACAACUACUUCUCUCCUUUCGUCUCCCGCUACACCUCCGCAAACAACCUGGCGAACAAGGCGUUGCUUCUCUUGGACAACGCACCAGCACACACCCCCGCGAUGGUCGAUUGGUGUGCUAACGUACAGGUGUGCUUUCUGCCCCCGAACACCACAUCGCUCAUUCAGCCAUGUGAUCAGGGGUUGAUUUCGACAUUCAAGAGUUAUUACACCAGACGAGCAAUGCAUGCGCUGAGCGUUGCUCACAGAGACGGCAUUAUCGAUGGUCCUCAGGCUUACUGGAAGACCUUCGAUAUCAAAAAGGCCGUCGAGAUGAUUGGCGAGGCGUGGCAGGAGAUCACUCCUGUAACCAUGAAUGCCGUGUGGAGGAAACUAUGGCCACAGGCUGUGCAUAACUUCACUGGCUUUGCUGUGCCCGACACUGCCGCCCUCAGCAAGGAGAUUGCUGCCUUGGCCAACGAAGCUGCCCUCGGAGACGGAAAGGAGGUCACAGAGGAAGACGUGCAGCAGCUCCUCAAUUCUCACGACCAGGAGCUAACAACGCAAGACCUCUUGGAACUCGAGGAGACCAGGACCGAUGCUGCCGACCCCGAGUCUCCCGUCCCUCCUCUGACGAUCACGCAACUACAAAAGGCUUUGGAGCUCUACUACGAAGCAAAUGACUUCUUGCUCCAAAUUGACCCUGAUAUGGACAGGAGUUUUAAAGUGCGUAGCUCUGUAAAAGGAGCCAUACGGUGCUACGAGGAGCUCUUGAGGUCCAAGCAAAUGGAAAAGAAGCAGCAGAGAAUCACAGCUUAUUUCAAGCCAGCUUUAGCCCCACAGCCAUCAGCAGCAGCACCACCAAGCAGUGAUUAGGCAGCAAGUGUCCAUGUCC